UGGUCGAUGCAGCGGCUCCACGACCAGUCGGACGCCAGAUACCGCCAGGCCGACGCGGCCCUAUUCGUGAGGUACCUUGAGGACCAUACCGGGUUUGCGCAGAUGGGACCCAGCGAGUUCGACGUCAAGAGGCGGCUGUACGAGGCGCCCGGCUUCGACUGGGAGAAGGAGGUCGAGGCGUUGCACUCCAAGCCGUACGUGGUCAUGGAGCUG